CCAAUCACAACCCGGAUUAGUGUCACAUGACUCUGGCUAUAUAACGCACCACACUGCUUUGUCGUGCAUGAUCCCUGUAGCUGCGGAAGCCAACGGACGAACGAUACAAUCAUGCAGAUCUUUGUCAAAACACUGACAGGCAAGACCAUCACUCUUGAAGUGGAGGCAUCAGACACUAUUGAAAAUGUGAAAGCCAAAAUCCAGGACAAGGAAGGUAUCCCACCAGAUCAGCAGAGAUUGAUCUUUGCAGGCAAACAGCUUGAAGAUGGCCGCACCCUGUCUGACUACAACAUCCAGAAAGAAUCUACGCUCCAUUUAGUGCUCCGCCUGAGAGGAGGAAUGCAGAUUUUCGUCAAAACACUAACUGGAAAGACCAUCACACUGGAGGUCGAGGCUUCAGACACCAUUGAAAAUGUUAAAGCCAAGAUUCAGGACAAGGAAGGUAUCCCCCCAGAUCAACAGAGAUUGAUCUUUGCUGGUAAACAGCUUGAAGAUGGCCGCACCCUGUCUGACUACAACAUCCAGAAAGAAUCUACACUCCAUUUAGUGCUCCGCCUGAGAGGAGGAAUGCAGAUUUUCGUCAAAACACUAACCGGAAAGACCAUCACACUGGAGGUCGAGGCUUCAGACACCAUUGAAAAUGUGAAAGCCAAAAUCCAGGACAAGGAAGGUAUCCCCCCAGAUCAACAGAGAUUGAUCUUUGCUGGUAAACAGUUGGAAGAUGGCCGCACCCUGUCUGAUUACAACAUCCAGAAAGAAUCUACGCUCCAUUUAGUGCUCCGCCUGAGAGGAGGAAUGCAGAUUUUCGUCAAAACACUAACUGGAAAGACCAUCACACUGGAGGUCGAGGCUUCAGACACCAUUGAAAAUGUUAAAGCCAAGAUCCAGGACAAGGAAGGUAUCCCCCCAGACCAGCAGAGAUUGAUCUUCGCGGGCAAACAGUUGGAAGAUGGCCGCACUUUGUCAGACUACAACAUCCAGAAAGAAUCUACGCUCCAUUUAGUGCUCCGCCUGAGAGGAGGAAUGCAGAUUUUCGUCAAAACACUAACUGGAAAGACCAUCACACUGGAGGUUGAGGCUUCAGACACCAUUGAAAAUGUUAAAGCCAAGAUCCAGGACAAGGAAGGUAUCCCCCCAGAUCAACAGAGAUUGAUCUUUGCUGGUAAACAGUUGGAAGAUGGCCGCACCCUGUCUGAUUACAACAUCCAGAAAGAAUCUACGCUCCAUUUAGUGCUCCGCCUGAGAGGAGGAAUGCAGAUUUUCGUCAAAACACUAACUGGAAAGACCAUCACACUGGAGGUUGAGGCUUCAGACACCAUUGAAAAUGUGAAAGCCAAAAUCCAGGACAAGGAAGGUAUCCCCCCAGACCAGCAGAGAUUGAUCUUCGCGGGCAAACAGUUGGAAGAUGGCCGCACUUUGUCAGACUACAACAUCCAGAAAGAAUCUACACUCCAUUUAGUGCUCCGCCUGAGAGGAGGAAUGCAGAUUUUCGUCAAAACACUAACCGGAAAGACCAUCACACUGGAGGUCGAGGCUUCAGACACCAUUGAAAAUGUUAAAGCCAAGAUCCAGGACAAGGAAGGUAUCCCACCAGAUCAACAGAGAUUGAUCUUUGCUGGUAAACAGUUGGAAGAUGGCCGCACUUUGUCGGACUACAACAUCCAGAAAGAAUCUACACUCCAUUUAGUGCUGCGCCUGAGAGGUGGAAUGCAGAUAUUUGUCAAGACCUUGACAGGCAAGACCAUCACACUGGAGGUUGAGGCAUCAGACACCAUUGAAAAUGUAAAGGCCAAGAUCCAGGACAAAGAAGGUAUUCCCCCAGAUCAGCAGAGAUUGAUCUUUGCUGGUAAACAGUUGGAAGAUGGUAGAACCCUGUCUGAUUACAACAUCCAGAAAGAAUCUACCCUUCAUUUAGUGCUUCGUCUGAGAGGAGGAAACUAAAUUCAUCCUAAAUAACAAUCUACAAUUUGUUCUGGGCAUUCUGUGUUUUCUGUGCUCUAUAACUUUGUCAUUUGGCUAAAGUAAAGUGCAUUCCAGUCCAAUCAUUGGUUUUAAGAAAUAAUUAUGUGCUUGAGAAACUGUAAAACUAAAAUCAUUGACCAUGUGAGUUAGUGAAAGUCAUAAUUUAUGGGAUUUAAGUUUUGGUUGAACAAAUAAGGGUCUAAAUCAGUAAAAGGAAACAUGCUGUUUUAUGGAUGAAAGAUUCUAUUAAAAGUCUGUUAACUGUA